UUUCCACUGCAGUACAUGUGAGCAACACACUCACCAUUUCUUCUUUCCCUUGUACAUUUACUCACAGCAUUACAAUGAACAAGCCCAAAAUUGUUAGACCAGAGGAAAGCCAGCCUGCACAUGCAGUGUGGUUUGAUAGGAAAAAAUAUGUCACCAUUAACUUCAAGGUACAAAAACCAAAGGAUGUCCAAGUUGAUAUUCAAACCGACAAAAUGAUUUUGUGCUGCAAGAACGACACAGAUGAUGUAUUCUACAAUGUGCUGCACUUCUAUGAGAAAGUCCUGAUCCAUGACUCCAGAGAAAGAGUGUAUGACCGCACGAUCAAUGUUUUGCUCAGGAAGCUGAAGCCGGACUAUGCGUGGCCUCGUCUUCAGAAGGAUCCAGCAAAGCCCAUUUGGAUUGCUGUUGACUUUGACAACUGGAGGGAUUGGGAGCAUGAAGAAGACGAGGGCAGGGAGGAGUUUGAAAAAUACGCAGAUAUGAUCCAAGAUAUGUCCAGCAGUAAUAAGGGAGGAACACCGGACAUGGGAGAUCUGAGUGAUUCUGACUGAGACUAAAGCCCACCUCCCUCUUCACCAGCGGUGUCCAAACUAUUUCAACUGAGGGCCGCACAGAAAAAAAAUCUAAGCAUGCGGGGGUCAUUUUGAUAAUUUUCAUUUUCAAAACCAUAUAUAUAUGUAUAUGUAUAUAUAUAUAUACAAAAAACAAAA